CCAAUUAAAUUACCAGUGAUGUAAUUUUUUGAGAGAUAGUGUAAACAAAAAUAUUCAUUAAUUUGUAUUUUUUAGCAGUUUUAGAAAAUAGUUGGUAUGUUGGUAAUUGUUGGCUAACUGGAAAGAAAAAAUCAUGAGUUUAAGCGAAAUUAGUUGCGUUCAGUGGUUUGAGGGCAUCGAAAAACAUCGAUGUGGUUAUUGUAAGAAGGAAAACUCAAGUAUUUCCCAUGGUAUAUGGGCAGAGACCCUGACUGUUCAAGACUACCAGGAUUUAAUUGACAGAGGAUGGCGUAGAUCAGGAAAAUAUUGCUACAAACCUGUCAUGGAUGAAACUUGUUGUCCUCAAUAUACCAUAAAAUGUGAUGUUUCAAAUUUCUCUCCGAGUAAAUCCCAAAAGAAGGUAGUGAAGAAAUUCAACAAGUUUUUGGAAGACAAUAAUUUGAACAAAAAGGAAACCACAGCUGAAGAACAAUCAGCAGAUGGAUGUGGAAAUUCAGAAAUAUUCAUGAAAGAUGGACCUGAUAUAAAAAUCACCGAUGUGCCAUCUAUAGUGGCGAACCAUGUGAGGGAAGUAAUAAGUUGUACUAGUGGCGUUCAAAAUAUAGAUCGGGAGGACAGGAAUAAACCUAACGAAGAGACAUGUGAUAUACUCGAUAACGAAUCUAGUCUACCUGUGAAAACAGAUAAAUCAAAAACUUUGGUUUCUAAAGGUCAAGGAGCUGAUUUAAAUAGACCCCCUUUGAAGAAAGCGAAACUUUUGAGAAUGGAAAGAAAAAAAGAAAAACUAUUGAAAAAGGGUUUGGCUUUGGAAAAAAACGAUCCCCAAAGUAAAAAAAGCCUGGAGGAUUUUCUAGAAGAAAUCAGUCCCGAUUCCCGGAAUAAAUUUCAAAUGCGUUUAAUAUCCACAAGUGAGCCUACUCCUGACUGGGAACGUGUUAAAGAUGUAGAGUAUGAAUUGUAUAAACAGUAUCAAAUGGGGAUACACAAUGAUCCGCCAUCAAAAUUAUCCUAUGCUGGCUUCCGUAGAUUUUUGGUGAACACUCCAUUGAAGCCCGAAGAGUUUCCAAAUGGUAUCGAAGGUCCAGGUUACGGAUCUUUUCACCAACAGUAUUGGAUAAACGAUAAACUUGUUGCCGUUGGAGUUAUAGACAUUUUACCGAGAUGCGUCAGUUCGGUAUAUUUCUUUUACGAUCCCCAAUACAGAAAUCUUGUCCUGGGAACUUAUGGGUCACUUAGGUAUGUAAAAAUGUAUUUGUUUAUUCAUUUAUUCACUGAAUAUCACUGGAGUUUUUACAUACACUCCUGUCCGAAAAUGCGAUACAAAGGAAAGCUAACCCCUUCUUUUCUGCUCUGCCCAGAGACUUAUUGUUGGAUUCCGAUAGAGAAAUGCAUAGAAAAGCUGGACGCUCAGAAGUACUCGAGAUUGAACGAAGACCUCGAUGCUCUAGAUAGAAAUAUCCCUAGCAGGAAGGAAGUUCUCGAUAUGAAAGUGAUUUACCGGCGCAAAUUGAUCUAUUUCAGGGAUUUCAAACAGUAUUGCGAGGAUCCAAAUUUGUAUCAUCAAAUCGGGAUGUUGGUGGGUAAAACGGGUUGCAGAAACAUUUUAUUUUGGGAAAAGUGACUUUAUUUUAUUUCGUGUUAUAAUUUGUAAGUAAUGUAUAUUUAUGAAUAUUAUAGCCAGGUUAUUUCAUUUUGUCAAGCAUCACAAACUUAUGCUUUCUCUGCCGCUGACUUAGAAAAGUGUGCUGUUGAGGUCUUCUGUUUUAUGAUGGAAGGUUGAGUUGUAUGUCGAUUCCGAAAAUGUUUCGUGAGGGAAUCGAAAUCAUUUGUUGUUCGAGGGUGAUUCAAAACAAACACUUUUCCUAAACACUAUAACUGCAAUACUCUUCUCGACGCGCGUUGGCGUCUUCAGAAGAUGAAGAGAACGUAAUUAUAACUCUAGUGGUCUCUAUUUACAUCUAACAGGGUACACUUAUACCGAUCUCAACAAUUUCGGACAAUUUUCCUUCAUUCUAUGGUCGUUCUGCAAGGCGUGUUUAGGGACAAUAGAUUUGUCCGAUGUGUUCUUUGAAACGAAUUUUAAUGGCUUGCUUGGUCUGACCGAUAUAUUUUUUUGUCACAGUCCUCACACCUCAUUUCAUGUAUCCCCAACUUUAUUUUCCUAGGGUUACCUAGCAUUUGUUGAUGCGAGCAAGAAGUUGAAGGCUAGCUUCACAUUCAACUUUUCAAAAAUACGACCUAACCCGUUAGUGUACGAGGUCUGUUCGACUUUAUUUUUCUCAAAAAAUAUUUAUUCAUUCAUCAAUUUCUAUUUUGUUCCCUUCAAAGAAGUUCCCCUCAGCUAUAAUAAACUUUUGCCAGCGUUUUUUCCAAUCUUCGAAGCAGUUCUGAAAGUGUAUGUCCCUGAGCUCUCAGCGAUUCGGUUUU